GCUGAGCUAGAAGUUGAGAACGCGGAACUCCGAAAGAAGUUGAUCGAAUUGGAGAAUAAGUUGUCUGAGGCGAUGAAAGCGCAAACUGAAGCGCUCGCUGAACUUGCCUCUGCUCGUGCUCAUGCGAAUGAGGAGAUUUUUGUCCUGGAGAAAUCUCAGCCUGUUGAUGCUUCUAAUGUCAAGAAUGCUGACGCAAGCGAUGGAGUUCCAAAUCUUCGCCUUGAAAAUGAGCGAUUACAGCAGAAAAAUGAAGAACUUCGAGAGCGUAAUUUCAAAAUACUGGAUCACGUAGCAAAUUUAGAAAAACAGCUUCGUGAAAAGAUUUCAUCGGAGUCCACUGCACAAUCCAGUCCUGCGAAGAGCUACGACGACUAUGUCAAGAGAUUAGCAAAGUCAUUGAGAACCGCUCUCAACAAGGAAAAGAAAAGUCGUGAGGUCAAUGGAGCAAGUAAUACGAAUGAAGAGAUGCGGGAGGAACUGGAAAACUACAGAAGCUCAUUCCAAACUUUGUCAUUGCUCCUAUCGCAGAUUGAGAUGGGUGUCAACGAGCGGGAAUCUUUCUAUAAGGACAAAGUCGCUCACUUGGAAAGUGAACUAGACAAAGCAAAUGGUGUCAUAGCUUCCGCUAAUCGUCUCAGAAAAGAGUUGAAGGAAUGCGAAUUCCUCAAAAAGCAGAUCCAAGCCCUACGCAAAUGUCUCGGCCAACCAGAAGAGGGAAAAGAGAUAGCUUCAUCGAGAGGUGGCACAAUGAAGAGUGACGAGUCGGACUGGGAAGUCGUCAGUCGUUGA